AUGGGAUACUAUGACAUUGAUGAUGUUCUGGCAGAUGGGACAGAUUUUCCUUGUAAAUUUCAAUAUGAUAUCCCGGGUCUUGGUUAUUUGGAAAACAACCCAGGACGACCCAUAACAAAAAACACUAAACUAAACCUGCCGCUUUGGUUAGCAAGGAUCCUGGCAAUUGUAGGUGGUGACGAAGCCCUGAUAGAUGAAGAACCUGUGCCAUUUGUGGAACUCUUGCCACCAGACAUGUUUUCUACCAAAGUUAUGAAUGCUAUAAAGACAGAUCCGGUGGCCCUGGACUUGCAUUCGAUAAAUUCGCAUUUCUUCAGUUUGGCCAUAAAAUGGAUAACGUUGUUCAGUGAAAAAGAACUGGCCAAUGUGGUUAGUGAGUUACUUCUGCAACGUGCGCAAGAACUUAAUCAUCAUGCUAGUAGUUUAUCUAUUGAUCUAAGUUCGGCUGGAAAAAAUUCAGCCAACACUAAUAUAGCAACUAGUACAUUUUUACUGAAACUAGAGGAAAUGGAGAAGGAAAUAUAUAAAAAGUCGCAUGAAUCAUACAAGGACACGAAAGGGUGGAUGUUCAAGAAAUAA